AUGGAAGCUGCUGGAGAUGAGGUUCUGAGCGCUUUAACGCGUGAAAACGGCAAAUUGGCGGUGCAAUUGAGUGGGAAAUUGUGUGCCAAAUAUCCCAAAGCUAGCUAUCCAAAGAUCUUGGAGCAGUACGUGCGUUUUAGACUAAAUGGUAAUGUAGUCACUGGAAAUGAAUCGCUGGAGCAAUUGCUGGCCAAAUGUGGCGUGCCCAGCGAUCUCCGCUCGUUGGAAUUGAUGCAUCGAUUUCGACUCGAAUUGGCACAGCCAGACCGUGCGCUAGAGGCAUACAAAGCGGCGAUGCAGAAAUAUCCAAGCGCAGAAAUAGGCUAUGCGUGGUUUGGUAAGUCCAUUGAAGAUUCCAACUACCGAAACAUGGCACAAUCUGCGUUCCAGCUGCGUCGCUGGUCCCAGGACCCACGCAUGAUUCAGUUCUGGUAUGCGCUUUCGACUGUUGCGUCUUUGAAGCUCCAGCCUGGUCAAUUAAGUACAAAAGAACGCCUUCUGAACGCCACGUUGGCGUACAAAUCCAUCGAAUCGCUCAAACCUUUUCGCUCGGAUCAGGAAACUGUCAUUUUUUGCCACGUUUGCGAGAUCUGCGAGAACAAGUCGCAAGUAAUCGUGGAUGAACUGCUCCCGCGCUUCUUGAAGGGCACAGAAAAGGGAUUUUCGGUUGACCUGUAUCUUAAGAACUUCCUAAUAACGCAUCUGACAAAAUUGGAGGAUCAUGUGAAUUUGGUAGAAGUGUGCAAGCGUCUGUUGACACUACUAGACGAUUUUGGGCUUUUGACGCAAUUCAUUGAGAGUUCGAAAAUACUCAAUCUACCACGCAAAGAAGUAGAGGCGAUAAUAAAGGCGCGCGAUUCUCGAAAUCACCGCUUGGCGCAUGUGCGCUUGGACUCGGUUUACGAUGGAUCCGUUUCCAACGGUGCUCUCGAUUUCUAUCUUGAAAAGUUUCACGACAAGCCUUGUUGCGUUCCCGAUUUAGAGCAUUAUAAAGAAAAGCUGCCAUCGGAGUUGAUUGAACAGAGUUUUAGGAAGCUCGAAAGUGGGCUCAUGCACGACUGCAAUUACUCUCGUCUCACUGACGUCAACGGUAUAGAACUUUUCAUUAUUCUUUUUGCCAAAUACAAAAGGACUCUGGAUGAAAAGCUCAAGACUGACUACUCACCCUGCUCGUACUUCAUUCUGAAGAUUGUCGAGUCAUUGAUCAACGAUACUAACUAUACUUUUGAAAAUGCUUUGACCAGUAUUGCCAUCUUGGAGCAGUAUCAAACCCUCGAUCCGUACAACUUCGAUACUAGGGUCUGGCUGGUCGUGCUUUACAAUCAUUUGGGGUGUCCAUCUCUGGCCUUCGGCCACUACGCCCAGCUGAAGGUCAAAAAUUUACAGCUGGAAACCGUGGACUUCUUGAUGACUACAAGAUACGCCUCACUGUUCCCGGUCAAGGAUCAUCCUUUCUUUGAGCAUCUUGCAGCUGGUUCCAACGUGUACGAGUCGAUAGAUAACCUUCCCCGAUUUGUUCAGAUAGCCUUCGAGCGACAAAGUUACGGAAAAAUUCUAGGUAUGCUCGAAUUGCACGACAAACUAGCGCGCUCGACAGGGCGGUGGUCCAAGCAAGGCGAACGCUUGCUACAAGCGCGUCUGUUCAAUGACAAACGCAGUGGACUCUUGAAGAACUUGCAUGAGUCCUGGCGCCAGCUAUCCCUUUACAACCUCAAUUACGGUAUCUCCCUCGAGGACUGUAAGCUAAUUGAAUUGAACGAUAACCGCGAUUUUUCAGUGUUAGGCCCCAUGUUGAAAAAUUGCACCACAGUCACAGCCUAUUUGAAACAGGAUAACGCUGCUGUGCUGGCAGCUAGCUUGCGGGAGAUGAUGCUUGGGACGAGCGGCGUUAACGAACUGAGCAUUUCCAUUGACCAAAUUCUACAGCAACACGGAUGUGCCUUGACGGCCCAAAUGACCGCCAGCGAGGCUUGGGGGUUCGAAGUGGCGCGAAUUGUCUACGAAUCGCAAAGCAACAGUGCCAAAACACCAGAAUUGCUUACGAAAUUGCGUGCCAGACCUGGUGUCCAAUUGAACGGCUGGCUAUUGUGUCAUGACUAUCACACCCAGCUUGCUACUUUGAAGUCUCUCGACCAACUCAAGCGAAUUAAAGACCCGGAACUCAAAGGCUUUAUAAAAUCUCAGCUCCGUCUAUUGCGUGAAAAGGGCCCACUUUUGUUCGAAGACUACAUUUCUACGAUUUCUGCGGCUAAACCCAAUAUUUCAAUUCUCGAGAAGCUGAGACUGGAUCAGUAUGAUCUUGAGAUUGCCAAGAAUGUCCAGACAAUAUUCAAAGUCGCUAGGAAUCUCUGA